UUCAAGAAAUCAUUAUCAAAGAAUUUUGAUAAUUACUAAUGUUAAUGUGCGAAUAUUUGAAAUUUGCAUUACUUGCACUCAUUACAUUAUCCAUUAGCUAUAUUACAGUAAUUAGGUAUACGAGUUAAUUGUAAAUUAGUUUAGUAUAUAAAGUGGUAGUUUCUUGACAUUGACAUCAGAAAGGAACCAGCAGUCCUAAGAGCUUCAAUUGUAAACUACAAGUUUCAACUAAAACUUCAUCAACAUGAAAAUGUUCGUAGUAUUCUGUGCUUUGGUCGCGGCGGCAUCUUGCGCGCCCAGCGUAGACCCAGAAAUCGCAGCAAGACGCGCAUUACCUGCGCUCGAACAUGAAGAGAUCCACGACGAAUUCGGCCAGUACGCACUGCGCUACGUCACAGCCGAGGGUACCGUGGUCUCACAGCGAGGAAGGUUAGUCCCCACUGCCAAAGGGGAAUACGUGCUUGUCACUGAAGGUGAAAUCUCCUACAUCGGUGACGAUGGCGAACUCUACAUCACCAAGUUCACCGCUGGACUCGACGGAUACCAUGUUGAAACCAAUCACCAGCCCAUGUCCAACAUUCCUGAAUCGGUGGAUGCUAGUUCUCAGUGA